CGCUGUGUUCUGUCGGUGGGUGCCGCGACACUCCGCGGUCCGCAUUUGAUUCAUAUCAGAUAUUUUCCUACUUAGCAGAAAGAAAUCGGAUAAAAUGUCUACAUUACCACACAGCAAGAAGCGCGUCUGCUACUACUAUGACAGUGAUAUUGGCAAUUACUACUAUGGACAAGGACAUCCUAUGAAGCCGCAUCGUAUAAGGAUGACACAUAACUUACUUCUUAAUUAUGGUCUUUAUAGAAAAAUGGAGAUAUAUCGACCUCAUAAAGCUACUGCGGAUGAAAUGACAAAAUUCCAUAGUGACGAAUAUAUUAGAUUUUUGAGGUCCAUAAGGCCUGAUAAUAUGUCGGAGUAUAACAAACAGAUGCAAAGAUUCAAUGUAGGUGAGGAUUGCCCUGUUUUCGAUGGUUUAUACGAGUUCUGUCAAUUAUCGGCUGGUGGUUCUGUAGCUGCUGCUGUAAAACUUAACAAGCAGGCCUCAGAAAUUUGCAUAAACUGGGGUGGUGGAUUACAUCAUGCCAAAAAGAGUGAAGCAUCUGGUUUUUGUUAUGUAAAUGACAUUGUUUUGGGAAUCUUAGAACUGCUCAAAUAUCAUCAGAGAGUUUUAUAUAUUGAUAUUGACGUUCAUCAUGGAGAUGGUGUAGAAGAAGCUUUUUAUACUACCGAUAGAGUAAUGACAGUUUCUUUUCACAAAUACGGUGAAUAUUUUCCUGGCACAGGCGAUCUCCGUGACAUUGGAGCAGGGAAGGGAAAAUAUUAUGCAGUCAACAUACCACUGAGGGAUGGUAUGGAUGAUGAAAGUUACGAGUCAAUAUUUGUACCCAUUAUAUCCAAGGUGAUGGAAACUUUUCAGCCCUCUGCAGUUGUUUUACAGUGCGGAGCAGAUUCGUUAACAGGAGACAGAUUGGGUUGUUUCAAUCUAACAGUUAGAGGUCAUGGUAAAUGUGUUGAAUUUGUAAAGAAAUAUAAUUUGCCGUUCUUAAUGGUUGGUGGUGGUGGAUACACAAUAAGAAACGUCUCUAGAUGUUGGACGUAUGAAACAUCGGUAGCUCUCGGUUCCGAAAUUGCAAAUGAGUUACCUUAUAACGACUAUUUUGAAUACUUUGGACCUGAUUUCAAGUUGCAUAUUAGUCCUUCGAACAUGGCGAAUCAAAAUACUCCUGAAUAUCUUGAGAAAAUUAAGACCAGAUUAUUCGAAAAUUUACGGAUGUUACCACACGCACCGGGUGUACAAGUUCAACCCAUUCCUGAAGAUGGUGCCGUUAUCGAGGAUUCAGAGGCUGAAGAAAAAGUAAAUCCAGAUGAACGAUUACCACAACGGGAUUUGGAUAAAAGGAUACAACAUGAAAACGAAUAUAGCGAUAGCGAGGAUGAAGGUGAAGGUGGACGGAGAGACAAUAGGUCGUUUAAGGGUUCCAGAAAACGACCUCGCCUAGAGAAAGGUCAAGAAGGCAUAGAAAGUGAUCUGAAAAAGGAAGACGACAUAAAAUCAGAACCAAAAGAAAAUGAAAAAGAUGAGAAAGCGAAUGUCACAAACGAAGAAACAAAGAAAGAUGGCGGGGCGAAUCCCUGA